CACAUUAUUUAGAAGUACAUAUUAAUUCUUUGAAUCACACCAAAAUUAAGGAAAUAUAUGUCUAAAACAAAUAAUUUGAGUAAUAUCUUUCGUAAUCGUUGUCAUAUUAUUACCAAUUCCUGCUAAAAGUGGUAACAAAUUCCCAAUUAUUAUUCCUUGUUUCAUAUUACGAUUGUUCAGUUAACACUGAACUAUAAAAUUUGCCGAAAGGUUGCCGAAUUGUGCCGAGUAUGUUCGGAAGCUAGUCGUGCAUUCGAAGCUGCGAUCACAGCAACUAGUUGACACGGUCAGCGUGCAGAUUAUUGCGCAAUUGUUACUAAAUAUAGUAACGCUCGGACACGGUGCUGUGUAGCAAACCAAUCACAGGGCAAGCUUUUGCCACGUGAGCCACGGUGCGACACGGUGCGACACGGUGGCCUGUUUUUGAUUGCGCAAUAAGCAUGAUAAACAAUAAAGUUCGACACUUCUCGACUUCGAACUCGGAUAUAGUUUAUACAUAACACGUUAAAUUGGUCUGUUCGCUGCAUCCUGGCUGAUUCAGGCUGAAUCGAAUGCAUUAAUACAUGAAUCCGUCGAAAUUUUUUAAAAGCAAAUCUAAGCGAGCAUAUUUCAGGGGAAAUAUCGCUCUUCAGGCUACAACAUGAUGGAAUUAUUACUAAAGACAGGCUUCGCUCGCUCGCGUUUACAAUCGCAACGACAAUUUUUAAACUGCUAUUUCCCAAGAGACAAAUACUGAAAAAUCUUUACCCAAUGUCCUUGUAAGCAAACUAUGGGAGCAAGUAGCAGAAUAGAAGAUUUGUUUGACCAUAGCAGAUUUCCUAAAGGUCUGGCAUUAUUUUUCUUGCCAUUUUAUGUUCCGCUUGGAAUUGUUGUCAUGGUCAUUCGGAUAUUUUUUGCAAUUCAGCUAUAUUUUGUGUUGAUUCUAGUACCUAAAUCAUGGGUAAUUAGACGAAUACUACUCCGUGUAUCUGGUGCUCUCACAGGGCUGAUCGUAACACAAGAAGGAUUGGAUACAGUUCAUGCAAAUCAAUGUAAAAUGAUAAUUUCAAACCAUAUAUGUCACGUAGACAGUCUCGCCUUUGAAUCUCUACUCUCGUGUUUUAUGAAUAUAGAAAAGAACCGAAUACCAACAUUUUUAAGAUGGAUUUUGAAAUAUGACGAAGUGAAGCCAGGCGAUCCUGUUCCUUCCCUGGUCUUUGCUGAGGGGGCUAGCACAAAUGGAAACAGCGGUAUUCUAAGAUUCAGCUCAUGGCCAUUUGACAUCAAGAAUGAACCAUUCUUUGUGGCAAUUUUAACUAUAUCAAGACCGUACUUUGUACAGAUCGCUCCAUCGGUUCUUGGAGGAAAUUGGUGGAGUGAUUUUUUAUGGCUUCUGUUCACUCCCUACACUCAUUUUAGAAUAAGGUUCGUGCGAGCGCCUGAAAGAGAAGAAAAAUUAUCAAAUGAGGAAUACAGUAGUGUUGUUCAGAAAUUUAUGGCAAGCAAACUUGGGAUAAAUGCAACGAAAUUUGAUGCAAAAGAGAAAGUAGAAUAUGCGAAGAGAUAUCUACAUGAACAAGGCAGACAAAGCCGUGAAAGACCGAGCAGAAGAAGCGCUACAUCUUCCAAUUCAUCAUCUACAAAACAAACUACAGCUGUGGAUGAUACACUAGAUAUCAUGUUGACUCAAGUCAAGGAUGUUCUACCUCAGGUUCCCAUCACCGUUAUCAGAAAUGAUAUAAAAAAAACAAGAUGUAUUGACACAACGAUUAGUAAUAUCCUGGAAGGACGAGUAGUUUAUACGCCAGAAAUACCAGGUCAAAAAAUUGAAGAAAAUGCGCAACCAAAGAAUAAUCCAUCAAAUAGCAAAGUUGCAGGAAAUAUGUUUGGAAAAGACUCUGCAGAAAGGCACUUAUCUUUUCAAGAAAAGAAAAAGGCGUUUAUAGAAGCUGCAAGACAAAAGUAUAUUGCGAAGCAUAAUCUUGAUGUUAGGUGAACAGCUAUGUUUUCCAGAUGAAAAGAUUUUGUUAAACUCUGUCACCUUAUCUGCGUGUACGGUGAAAUAUGAACUUUCCAAAUAAUACCAAAAGAUUCUGUAUUAAUAUUGCAGAUAAUGCAGUAGUUGGGAAACCAGACUUAAACAUACCAGUCAAUGCAGUUAUAAUAAGGAACAAUAUACAUAUUGGUUAACAUGUGUGAUUUAGGGUAAAAGCAUGAAUUGAGGAUCAAGUUCAUGCAGAGAUUAAUAUAUUUCUCGAUCUUAAACAAGGCCUUAUGAAUAAAAACCGCGGUAGCAUUUUCCCAGGUAUAGCAUUUUUCAUUCUUUUAGAAUUCAACAGUGGUGCUUGGGCAACCCCUAGAAUGGUUGUGGUCUAUAAUGUUCUGUGUCCAUAUGUAUGAAUGUAAUAAAGUGUUCUGUCAUUUUGCUGUCAACCCAAAUAAAUAACUUGUAUGUACAUUUGGAUGUAU